AUCCUUCAUUGAAUAUCUCUAUUCUCCACUUAUUGAAUUCUCCAUUCAUUUACUGAAUUUCCUCCAUCCACAGGUUCUUUGUAUUCUGCUCCUCACAGUUGUUUGGGACAGUGUAGCUGCUGGUAAAAAGAAAAAGGUUAUCAUCAAAGUUCCUACACACGUGAAGCAUGUCUACCACCACCAUCUGAAGACGGUGCACAUCCAACGUCCGCAGCCGAAACCACAACACCACGUGCACCACGACCACUUCGAGGAGGUGCACCACGACAGAGACGACUACCGGGGGAAACGUCACGGGAGAGGAUUCGGCAGUUGGCGAGGCUUGGAGGCUGAAGUCGAGCGACCCCGAGGCUACAGGAGUUACACCGAUCUGAUGAAAGAGAGACCACCUCCUGCUCCCAAAGGCGAGUACAGUGAUGACCCUGAGUACAGAUCCGGGGACCAAUCAGUGGGAUGGCGUCCAUCAGGGGGAAAAUUAUACCCCGGCAGUAAAGGGGGUUGGAGGAGUAAUAAGGGGGUAGUUUAUGAACAGAACUACAAGGGCAAAUGGCAACCAUCAGCCCCAGAUGAUUAUGACGGUCCAGAUCUCACCUAUGGAGGAAAAGCACCAAGUAAUGAUUAUGGUCCCAACCACGGAGGUAAAGGUUAUGGAAAUGAUUAUGGAUUAAGCAGUGGAAGUAAAAGCUAUGCAAAUGAUUACGGAGCAAACAGUGGGGGAAAAGGUUUUGGAAAUGAUUAUGGACCAAGCAAUGGAGGAAAAAGUUUCAAUAAUGACUAUGGGUCAAACAGUGGAGGAAAAAGCUUCAGUAAUGAUUACCCAACCAACGAUUACAGAGCCUACAAAUCAGAUGCUUCAUCUCCUAGCUAUAAAACUAUUCCUGUCAACAACGAACCCCCACACAGAUUCAACCCUAAAAACUUCAGAGACUACAAUUCCAAGGACGUGUCACCACCUGAUGUAAUCAACUACCAUGGAUCUGAUUCUGAUAAACGAGAGGUACGAGUAGCGCCAACACAAGGAGGUGUUGUCAAAAAUUGGGUUAAAAGUCCGACAAAUAAUAUCAAAUCGAACUGGAAAUCUUCAACUCCUUCUAGUGCUAUAUCCUCAGUUUGGCCAGAGUUGAAAGAACACAGCAGUUGGACACAAAACCCCUCAUCAACAUACGCUACCACACUUCCGCCCUUCAAUAAUAUGCCAGAUCUGAGUCACUCGAAUCCGGGAACCGCCUCUUCGUAUGUUUAUCACAACUUUGGUUCAGCAGAUGCGGUGGCUGCUCAGCAUCAGGGUUCAGGUGUGAUACCCCCCACUGCAAAUGGUGCAUCGCAAGCUACCAUUAGACCCUUGUCAUCGUACCAAGUACAAGUGAAUCAUUACACUGAGAGACCUGUUAGAUCGUAACUGUAUGGGCAGUCAUCUUCUUCUCUGAGAAGCUACCAUUUUCCAUGACUUUAUAUGUACCUUUUUAUGUUUUAUAUUUUCCUAUCUUUUUUUUAAGAUCUUGUAUAAUGCCUGCCAGAAAAUGAUGAAAGUGAAUCUUUGAAACUUUUACUGAAAUAGACAAGUUGCAGAUUAUGAAUAAUAAGAGUGAUUGAAGUCCUGUCAGGUUUUAUUUCGAAUGUUGGACUCUUCAAAAAAACAAAACUAAGAAAAACAACUAAUUUAUGAUUCCUAGUACCAUAAAUAGUUUUCAAAAUUCAAACAAGGCUAAAAAUAGACGAUUCAAAUUAUAAACAAUUUUGACUAGUAUGAGAUGUAAAUUGUUUCUGUAUACUGAAUAAUGUCUGUUAUCGGGGACAUAGUAGUCCUCACCCAGUAGAACUCGCCCAUUCAUUAAUUGUAGUGAUUAUAUAUCUUUCAUCUUAUUCUAUCACCAAUGUAAUAGUCAUGCUAUCCCUAAACUGUCAAAACUGAGUUUGUAUUACCAUUCAAUACGAACUUAAUUCACGAAAACAAAAACCAUAAUCCAAACUUUUUAAUAUUCAAUAUUUUCCAGUUUGUUAUGAAUGAAAUUCAAUCUAGAUAAGAGUGACUGUAUUUCCAAUGUUAUGUAAGACUGUGAUAACAAGAUAACAUCUUGAUAUCAAAUUAUUGUAUUACACUGUAUCAUUGAUGCCUUCUUAAUGAGGCCUGCUUCAAAAUAGUUUUGAAAUAAUGUAUAUAGAUUAUCGUUGAUUUUUUGUUUGAUAUUGCUAUAGUGAUAAGAUUUUGUUGAAUAUACAUUUUAUAGAAAAGAAA